AUGCGUCCCCCAAAAAAUGAAAACGGACGUAACACGGAAGGCCAACCGGCAAAAAAUACAGAAAGUGCAAACACGUUAAAGAGAAAGGUCAGUGAAUUGUACGCCGACGAAGGUUGCCAACAUGGCGAAAAGGGUCUACCAGAAGAUACCUCCCAUUUUGUUCUUAGCAGUGGAAGUGCCGGGAAAAAACUAGGAACUGCCACGGAAAAUCAUAACCCUGAAAACAUUCACGAAAAUACAAAUGUACAUGAAAAGAAGGAGGACGAUGGAGUAGUAAACCAAAAUGGACAAACCAAUACUGAAAAAAUGAACACAAAGGAGUACAAACCUUCAACAGAUGAACCACCAAUUGGGAGGAAAAAAAAAAAAAGAAAAAAAAAAUUUAAUGAAAAUGAAGUCACCAAACCGUCGAAACAAAUGAUUAGAAUAAAUUACCUAUUGCAAGCAUCAUUUCUAAUGAAUGAAUUUAACCCGAACAUCUCAAGGGAGUAUAUAAAAACCAUGAGAAAACUUUCAAACAAGUUUUUAAUAAAAUACGACAAAAAAUUUAAGAAACUUUUCUGCAAAAAAUGCAACUCAGUCCUCAUCCCAAGUGCUACUUGCAAAGUUUCUGUUAACCCACUAAAUUUGAGGAAAAAAAAAAAAAACAAAAAUGAGGAGGUCAGUAGCAAUUUAAAGGGCAAGUGCAGAGAUGAAUUUCUGGUUUCAUACCGGUGUAACUACUGCCAGCAUGAUACGAAAUUUGUGUACGAAAAUGGUUUGACCGCUCAGCGCGUGAAUGAAGCGGAGGUCGCCUGA